AAACACGAGAUAGGCAGCCAGAUCGCUUUCUGUCUCACAUGCCAUUCCUGGUUUUUCUUCCCAGAAAUCUAUGCGGAUUUGAGCCAAUUCCAUAACCUUGUAUCGUUUUUGGUUCAGACCCAUAAAUCCUCUCCCCCUUUCCUCAGAUUUCUUCCACGAUUCUUGAAAAAACUGCGCCCAUGUUUAGCUCAGAAGCUCCGAUUUCCAGAGAGUUGACCGGUGGGAGCGCCAGCAGCUUCUUGUUCCCGCCUGCUAAUUCCGGUUACAAGAAUGAUAUGCAGAGUAAUGAGUUCCUGAAGAGCAAAGAAGUGAUGGGUUCGGAUCUUUAUCAGCAGCAGAGCAGCAGCGGCGGCGGGCUGAUGCGAUACCGCUCAGCUCCGAGCUCCUUCUUCGCCGGCAUCAUGGACAGCGCCGCCGCCGCCGCCGCGAACGACGCUGCGGACAGCUUCAUGGUGAACGACGGCUCCUCCAGCUCCGACUCGGAGACCAUGUUCUCGUCCAUCCUGAAUUGCGACUCGCGCGAUCUGAAGAAUUCUGUGCAGUUUCUGAAGCCGGAGAUGGCGGCGGAGGAGAGCCACAAGCAGAGCAGCGAGGCUCAGCAGAUGGUUUAUGAAGCUCCCGAGAUGGGAUCUUAUGGCGUGGAGAUGGAGAUGCAGGCCCAAAUGCGGCAACAACAGUUCAGGAAUCCCUCUAAUCUCAUCCGCCAAAGCAGCUCGCCGGCCGGUUUCUUCUCCGGGUUUGAUGUAAUGAGAGAGGGUGGAAACUAUAAUAAAGGUAAUGAUGGUUUAUCCUCAAAUGGUUUCAACAAUCACAUCAACUACUCAUCUGCUCAGUCUUCCAGUUCAAACUUCAUGCCCAGCAUAGCAGAAAAUGAAUCUUGGAAUGACUCUUCUUUCAAUUGCUUAAAGAGGAGCAGAGAUGGUGACUUCAAGAUGUUAUCUGCUCUCAAUGGAAUCGAAUCUCAGAACGGGGGCGAACGAAGGAACUGUACGCCCGGUUUAACCCACCACCUGAGCUUGCCUAGCUCCGUUGAGAUAGAGAAGUAUUUGCAUUUUCAGCAAGACGCGGUUCCAUGUAAAAUCCGUGCCAAACGAGGCUGCGCCACUCACCCAAGAAGCAUUGCGGAGAGGAACCGACGGACCAGGAUUAGCGAAAGAAUGAAGAAAUUGCAAGAGCUAUUCCCAAAGAUGGACAAGCAAACAAGCACAGCAGAUAUGUUAGACUGGGCAGUUGAUCACAUUAAAGAACUUCAGAAACAAGUUCAGAUUCUCACAGAUAAAAAGGCGAAAUGUACGUGUUCUAGUGAAGCUCAAAAGGGUGGAAUGCUAUAAGGGUGGCUUUGAUGUACAGAUAAUAAAACUUAAAAGUAGGUGCAGAUGUAGAUGGAAGGGGGAAAAGAGGAGAGAAAAGAGUGAAGCUAAACUAACUCCUUGUUUGCCAUCAUUGAAGCAUUGUAUUUUGGGUAGGUAGAUCAGAAAGCAAAUGUAGUUUCUAAUGUAUUUUCAAUAUUGGGUAACAUUUAUCUCACAUGUAUCAAUCACCAUCAUGUAUUAUUAUUGCUAUUAGUCUUUUUGGAUUUUAUGGUUUGUUUUUUAGCUCUAA